GAGGGCCGGGGCAGGCGGAGCGGAGGAGGGGCCAGGCCGUGCCGGGAGCUGCUGGAGGGAGCUGCCGGUACCCGAGAGCGGAGCGCCGAAGGGGCGAGGAGGCGGCUGCCGGCCGGGGGCAGCGGGAGGGGCGAGCUCGGGCCCCGCUAGGCGGACCGUCCCGGCGGCGGGCAGCGCACGGCCGGGGUCCCUCGGGACGCAGCGCCAUGUGAGCGGGAGCCCCGUCCGGGCCGCGAGGAGCCGCGCCGGAGGCUUGACGGCGUCCAGCGCUGCCCCGGGCAGCAUGACCGAGGUGAAGGCCAAGGAGCCCCGAGCGCCUUCGUCCGCCCGAGACGGGGCGGUCCUGCUGCAGGCUCCCCCCAGCCGCGGGGAAGCGGAGAGCAUCGACGUCGCCCUGGACGGGCUGCUCUACCCCAGAAGCAGUGACGAGGAGGAGGAGGACGAGGAGGAGGAGGAGGAAGAGCCGCAGCAGCAGCAGCAGGAGGAGGACCGGGACUCCCCCUCGUACCGGCUGGGCAGCGGCUCGAUCUCCAAGGACUCUCUGGACAGCGUCCUGGACACCUUCCUGGCGCCCGCGGCUCAUGCCGCGCCCUGGUCCCUGUUCGGGCCAGAGGUGCCGGAGGUGCCCGUCCCCCCGAUGAGCCGCGACCCCGAGCAGAAGGCAGCGGACGCCGCCCCGGGGGCUCCCGGCCCCUCGCAGCCGCGACCCGGGGAUCCGCUGUGGCCGGGCGGCGAAUCCCUGAGCGUCGCCGUCAAAGCGCGUCCGGGAGCCGAGGGCCCCGGCGAGGCCAGAGCCCCGGGGCUGCCCGGCGCCGAGGAGCGCGGCUUCCCGGAGCGGGACGCGGGGUCCGGAGGCGGCGGCCCGGCGCCCGCCCCGGCUGCUUCCCCGGCGGCGGCGGAGCCGGGCGCGGGGCAGGACUACGUGCACGUGCCCAUCCUGCCGCUCAACUCUGCUUUCCUGGCCUCGCGCACGCGGCAGCUGCUGGACGUGGAGGCGGCGUACGAGGGCAGCGCCUUCGGGCCGCGCUCCUCGCCCUCCGCCGCCGCCGCGGACUUGGCGGAGUACGGCUACCCGCCGCCCGACGGCAAGGAGGGCCCCUUCGCUUACGGCGACUUCCAGAGCGCGCUGAAGAUCAAGGAGGAGGGCGUCGGCCUGCCCGCCGCCCCCCCGUUCCUGGGCGCCAAGGCCGCCCCCGCCGACUUCGUGCAGCCCCCGAGAGCCGGGCAGGAGCCCUCGCUGGAGUGCGUCCUCUACAAGGCCGAGCCGCCCCUCCUGCCCGGCGCGUACGGGCCUCCCGCGGCCCCCGACAGCCUGCCCUCCACCUCGGCCGCGCCGCCCGGCCUCUACCCGCCGCUGGGCCUCAACGGGCACCACCCGCCGCUGGGCUUCCCCGCGGCCGUGCUGAAGGAGGGCCUGCCCCAGCUGUGCCCGCCCUACCUCGGCUACGUGCGGCCAGAUACAGAAACCAGCCAAAGUUCCCAGUACAGCUUUGAAUCGCUACCCCAGAAGAUUUGUCUCAUCUGCGGUGAUGAGGCUUCUGGCUGCCACUACGGAGUACUCACCUGUGGAAGCUGUAAAGUCUUCUUUAAAAGGGCAAUGGAAGGGCAGCACAACUAUUUAUGUGCUGGAAGAAAUGACUGCAUAGUUGAUAAAAUACGUAGGAAGAAUUGUCCAGCGUGUCGCUUGAGGAAGUGCUGCCAAGCUGGAAUGGUCCUGGGAGGUCGAAAAUUUAAAAAGCUUAACAAAAUUAAGGUUGUGAGGACAUUAGAUGUUGCACUCCAGCAGCAAGCAGCCCUUCAGGAUGAAAGCCAAUCUCUAACACAGAGGCUGUCCUUUUCUCCAAAUCAAGAAAUACAGUUUGUUCCCCCAAUGAUAAGUGUUUUGCGAGGCAUUGAGCCAGAAGUUGUCUAUGCCGGUUAUGACAAUACAAAACCUGAAACACCAAGUUCCUUGCUGACCAGUCUAAAUCAUCUUUGUGAGAGGCAACUUCUUUGUGUAGUCAAGUGGUCAAAAUUGCUACCAGGAUUUCGGAAUUUACAUAUUGAUGAUCAGAUAACUCUCAUCCAGUAUUCCUGGAUGAGUCUAAUGGUUUUUGCAAUGGGAUGGAGAUCGUACAAACAUGUCAGUGGUCAGAUGUUAUAUUUUGCACCAGAUCUGAUUCUAAAUGAACAGAGGAUGAAAGAAUCAUCAUUCUACUCGCUGUGUCUAUCCAUGUGGCAACUCCCGCAGGAGUUUGUCAGACUCCAAGUUAGCCAAGAAGAGUUCCUAUGUAUGAAAGCACUACUGCUUCUCAAUACAAUUCCUUUGGAAGGUCUAAGAAGUCAAAGCCAAUUUGAUGAGAUGAGAACGAAUUACAUUAGAGAACUGGUGAAGGCCAUUGGUUUGCGGCAGAAAGGUGUCGUGGCUAACUCGCAGCGUUUCUAUCAGCUUACGAAACUGAUGGAUUCCAUGCAUGACCUAGUGAAACAGCUCCAUCUCUUCUGUCUGAACACAUUUCUCCAGUCCCGUGCACUGAGCGUUGAAUUCCCCGAGAUGAUGUCAGAGGUGAUUGCUGCCCAGCUGCCCAAGAUUCUGGCAGGGAUGGUGAAACCUCUUCUCUUUCACAAGAAGUGAAAUGUCUUCUCUCUUAUCAUAGAGAUGAUUUCUGGGUCAGUUUUUCUUUGUUUAUUUUGGUCAGGAUUUUGCAAUGUCAGGACUUCAGUGUAUUUGUCAUACCCUGCCUACUGCUUUAUACUUGUAACAUACACAAGCCAUUUAAGCUUGAUGUACAUAUUAUGAGUUCCUGAUUCCUUAACUGCAAAAAUCACAACAGUCAUAAGAAAUGUUUUGUAAACUUGGGUAGAUCGCUUUUUAGAUAUGCAUAAGAAUGACAAUGAAUAGAGUUUUCAGAUUUCUAAGAACAGUUAUCUUAUACAUUUUUCUUACAUAUUACGCACUUUCGAAUUUCUGAUAUGACAUGGUGUAAACUUUUUAAUACAGUGUGUGCAUGUGUACAUGUGGGCAUGUGCAUGGUCCUAAAAAUUUUGAGGGAAUUAAAAUGUAUAUUGCCCACGCUUUCUCACGGAUAUUUGACUUUUUAUUUACUAAUCUGCUUCACAGAAAUAUUCUUUCAAAGUCAACUGUUCAAGUUUAAGUAGAGAUUGCUGCAAUAUGAGUAACUAAAGUGCUCUCCACAAAAUAUGUAAAUACGGAUUCAUGUUCUUCUCUGUGCUCAUGCUGUAUUGAAACUAUGAUAUCAGCUUGCUUUUUUCUGCAUCAUUCAGUGCAGUUCUCCUUCAAAAAUCAGAAAGCAUAGGAAAAUUUCAGUAUAUAUUACACCGGAAGUAACAUGUAUGGAAACCCACACAGCUUCGGUUUGUGUUAUUUUCCUUAAAAAUUUGGCACUUAUUAAAGCUAAAACACAUCGUUGUAAUCUUAAAUUUAUCAACUUAACUUAAAAGUUAUGUAUUUCAGAAGUUUUAAAUAGAAAUGUUUUCCCUGACUACAACUCUCAAUAAUCUUGAUGUUUUGAAUUCCAGUGUUGAAUACUCAAACAACCAGUACCAUCAAAUUUUAGAGAGGUCAAAAACAAAAAGAAGUGGAAAGUAUGACUACAAACAUUUUGAUACACAUAAAGUUCAUCUUAAUACCAUUUAGUGAAGCUACAUAUUUUAUACUUUAAAGGCAUGCUAUUAUUAUAGUUGGAGUAACAGUAUGAGAAGUUGGGCUAAACUAGCAUUAUACAUUCAAGAGGAACGUCAUGCUUUUCAUGGAAAUGAAAUAUUUGACUAAAAAAUGAUAAUGUUGUUGUUCCUUUAGUAUGGAUACGAAGCAACUCGUAUUUGAGAGUAAUUUGAGUAAACUGCUGAUAUAUUCAAACAAACAGAAAUGGAUAAAGCUCAAGAAGAAUUUAGAUUAUUAAAAUCUGACAAAUUUUUGCCAGUCACUAAAAAUGAUACCCAGCUUCUCUAGCAAUCAGCGUAGGAGAUUGCGAGUCUUGAAUAAUUGUUGGCCAUGUGCUAUUGGUCUUCCCCAUUAGACACUGGAUGCAUCCACUGUGGUAGCAUACUGCUUGUGCUGUGUAACAUGGUAUGUAUGGACAUAUCUUUGUCAGGUAAGCAAAGGCCCAUCAUGAAGAAGUUACAUAGCAGAUAGGAAUAAAAGCAUCCCACACAGUAGUACAAAACCCACUGGAGCUGUGGCAAAGAAGUGACCCAAGGUAGAAUGGUCUAAGCAGACUUUUGUGUUUGUUUGCUAGGUUCAUAGCUUUUAACUGCCCCCAAACAAGCUAUUUCUUACUUAUUCAGUACAGUCUGACUGUUAUCUGUGAUCCUUAAAGCAAUUGUGUUUUAAUAAAUAACACAAAAUUCUGUUUCUACAUAACAAAGUUUUGUUUUCUUUACUUUUCUUUGUAUUUACAUUCAGUUAUACAGUUGUCCAUUUACACCAUUCUUCUUUUGUAUAACAACAGUAUUUUCAUGCAGUCCUUGGGGGUUUAAGCAUUGCCAUAUGAUUUUCCAUCUAAUAACUAGACUUUCUGUGUUGCUGUUUAGAUUAAACUGUUAUCAGAAACUUCCCACACUAAAAGUGGUUCCGCAACACAGAAUCACAGAAUCAAAAGGGCUGGAAGGGACCUCUGGAGAUCAUCCAGUCCAAACUCCUCCUAAAGCAGGUUCCCUACAAGAGGAUGCACAUGGAAGCGUCCUGGAAAGUUUUGAAUAUCUCCAGAGGAGACUCCACAACUUCUGUGGGCAGCCUGCUCCAGUGCUCUGUCACCCUCACACUAAGGACUUUCUCAUGUUCAGAUGGAAAUUCCUGUGUUCCAGUUUGUGCCCGGUGCCCCUUGUUCUGUCACUGGGAACCACCAAAAAAGGCCUGGCCCCAUGCCUUCUCAGUCUUCUCCAGGCUGAACAGUCCCACAUCUCUCAGCCUUUCCUCAUAAGGAAGACGCUCCUCCAGAUCCCAAAUCAUGUUUGUAAUCCUCCCAUGGACUCUUUCCAGAAAUUCCCUGUCUUUCUUGAACUGGACAUAGUACUCCAGAUGUGACCUCACCAGAGUAGGGUAGAGGGGGAGGAUCACUUCCGUCGACCUGCUGGCCACACUCUUUAUAAUGCACCCCAGGAUACCAUUGGCCUUCUUGGCCACAAGGGCACACUGCUGGCUCGUGGAACACCCUAAUUCUGAAUACAGAAAAUGGAGCAGGCAUUCUGCUUGCUUUAGGAAUACUGUAGAUAAAUCAACAUCUGCCUUUGUACAAGCCCUAAAAUUUGUUCCAAGUGUCUACUGUGCCCCUGUCCCACAAACACAGCAUAUUAGUUUGAAAUGCUCUACAUUUGUCUCAAAGACAUAAUCCAAAAAGGAAGAAUAGGUGUCUUUUGGGAACAGGUUACCACAUUUUCAAAUGGUGUUUCUUGAAGAUCUCUAACUCACAGAAGAAAAUCCUGGAAAUCAUGGUCAUGCUAAAUUAUGCACUGCAUAACACAGGACAAGUUUGGCUAAAUAUGAUUGCUAUUUAAUUUGAAAAUUUUGUGUUCAUUACUUGAUUGUCUGAAGUUGGACAAAAGUGUUUUAAUUCGAGAUCUUUCAGUUCUGAACAGUUUAUAUAAGAGCCAGUAGUCUCCCUUUUGAUGCCGUCAUUUGCUCCAGAUUACACAGAUGCAGUUAACAGUAAUCAAGACACAAGAUUACUUCCUUUCCCAUAGAAAUCUCAUCUACUGUGACUUUUCAGCACUGCACUGUUGUCCAGAGGGUCACCUGCAAACCUUUUUUCUUUGAGAUUUUUUUACAGAUGAAGAGGUUGCCUAUAUUUCAUUGCAAUGAAAUUUAAUUUAAUUAAUUAAUUUAAUUUUCUUUAAAAACUAAGAUUUUUUUUUUUUUACCUGAGAUUUACAAGUAGAUGUAAACAAAGCAAUUUAUGCUGCUUCUCUCUGCAUUGAAUAAGUCAUAGGAAGGCUGGAUCUUACGCUGCAUUUUGCGUUCUAGAAGGAAGAUGUUUCAGCAGACAGUGUUCUGCUCUCUGGCUCUUAGGAGGUGCCUGAUUACCUUUUAAAAGGUAUUUUGAGCUAAUUGCAAAGUUUACCACCUUCUGGAGAUUGCAGACAUUUUUUUUUUUGUCUAGGUGACACCAAAAGUUAUCUAUCUUACACUAAAUAAUGACAGCUAUGCCCGAAACCCUCAUAUUAUGCAGAAUAUCUAUGUUUUUGACAUAAAGCCUUUAGCAUUGCCUUCUGCUGUUACUUAAGUGCAGCAAGCAAACACAAGCAUGAAGUCCACUGUUUUCUUUGGUUCCUAAUGUUGUCAUUCAGCUUUGCAGAGGCAUCACAUGCUUCAAGUGUUGUCAUUUCUAAGACUGUUCUGAGUGUCGAACUGCCUGGAGUGGCAGUUCUCUGCAGGACAGAGCUGAGUUGGUUUGUUCAGGAUGGAGGCAAACAGUCUGAGAACCUUCCAGCAGAUUUCCUGGGGCUUGGCAGUGCUCUGGCUGUGCGUGCACCAUAAACUGAAGCUCUGGAAUUCCGGCUGUUCCUUCAGCUGUGCUGCAGUUCUGUUGCCUGGUGUUGUACGUAAAACAGAGAAGCUGAGAUUUCGCUCUAUAUUUUCACAGGCCAGUUUUCUGUAGACCAUUUUCUGACCAGCCAGUGCUUCGUUAGUACCUUAGCACUGUUUAGCAUUUUUUUUAUAAAGUACAGAAGUAUGUUUCUCUCAGUUAUCUACUGUGUGAACAGAGCGUGGACAUGAUAGAAUGACAGGAAAUAAACUGGAAGAGCAGGCGUCAGUCCUGCAGGCACUAGGACAGGUCGUGAUAAUUAACCUUAAGGGCUUUCUAAAACUAGAGCUCCCCUAAAAACUUCCUGUGGUUUUGUGACAUUAUGCUAAUAAUUCCAUUAUUAAUAACUGAAGCUUUUGUUUCAGUUAUUGAUAGCAUAUAUAUGAUAAAGGUGAUGUCUAGAUUACUGUAUCUAUUAUAUAUGGUAAUAUCUGCAGGAUCCUCCCCAUGUCUCCCACCUGCCCAGGCUGGAUUAGCUUGACCUUAAAGCAGGAGGGUGUGGAGCUGCCCUCCUCCCGUGCCUCUUGCCUCGUGUGCCAGUCAUGGCACGCUGACCUCCCUUUCUUUUGGAUAAGUCAGCUUGCAGCCACAGAGCCAAUGGCCAAAGCUCUCCCAAACUUCCAUGGCUCAAAAGCCUGUGUGUAUGUACUGCCAGGGUGGAUUGUCAGCACGGCUGGAUUUAUUGGUUUGUACUGCUUUGUGUCAUGGUGACCUGACUUGAACAGAGGAAUUGUUUUUCAUUUAGUUCUCUUUUCCCCCUUGGAAGAUGAAAAGGAAAAAAAAAAGUCAUGUUUUAGAUGUUUUCAUAUUGAAAUUUAUGAGUUGUUUUUUAGAUGCAUGCUAUUCAUUUGUUAGAUUGACAUUAUUUGCAUGUGGAAUGAUAUUGUAGCUUUUCAGAUGCUUGGACAGAAACAUGCAGUAAAAGGUGGCUGCGUGAGUAAUAAUAACUUAAAAAUUAGCUGUCUGUAGUCCUUAGAGAGAAAAUCACCCUCAGAAGGCUCCAGUGUGUUGGAACUGAAGUCCUUAAUGCAGCAGCUGCAGAACUUCUAAGAAUAUGACCAGUACUACUCAAGUUCUUAAAUACAAAAUGAACAAAAAUACAUGCAUUUUUUUAUUACAUGUAUUUAUUUGCUUACAUUGAGGUGUUUUCUUUCAUGGUUUGGGCCCAUGGUACUCUGCACAAAGGUGUGUAAAGACUGCAGUGUCUAUCUAAAGACUGUCAAGGAGUGGUGAAAUGUCAUUGAAUUCUAGUUCAUUAUUUAAAGCUGGCAACGUUUUGGCUUCUUGCAACCAUGAGGUGUGCUCAUUAUGAAAGCACCAUCCCAAGUCUGUUAGUCACAGAUCAUGUCUUUCUGACCACGGAAACUAAAUUAACCUCUCACCUCACGAUGUACAAUAGUUCCUUCAGUCCAGCAUUCAGGCAGAUCAGUGAGGAGGUUCUCACAAUGUCAUUUACAUGGUCUCACUCUACUGCAUUUUUCCCACAGCUCAAUUGAAAUACCCGCCCAUCCAGGCUUGUACUAGAAAUUGCUUUUGUUGUGCUGAGGAAGAAGAAAUGUAUAAUUUCCAGGAAUCCCAGACUCCACAUCAGUGAGCUCUAUGACUGUGUACUUUUGUAUGGAGAGGGAACAGAUUGCAUGAAAGCACCUGGUGGGCACAAUAAAUGUCUUUGCCACUGAGUUUUGUCAGGGAUAACUGGGUAGCCCAGUGCAGGGAGCUUUGUGUUACACAGGUAAGACUGUUAUGGACGUGAUCAUUGUUUCUUGGAUGUACCAUUUUCAUAUUUGCCAUUUCUCAUACACAAGAUAAAAGUACAGUAAUGGUUUUACACCUCAUAUUGUUACUUUUGUUUUUGUCCAGUCUGAAACAUUAGUCAUCUACAAAGCCCUCAAGUUAAGAACGUUGGUUAUGUGAGGUCUUUUUCUGUAUGUAUGACUGCGUGUGUGAGGAGGGCCCCUGCUGUAAGUCCAUAUAUCUUAUAUUUUGUAUGAAUAAAUACAUAUUACAAAAUUA